AUGGAUCUCUUGGGUAAAGCUUCGGUAAAAUUCUUCUUCCUAAUUUCGACAUUGUUGUGCAUCGUCCCGUACCACUACAAAUUUAAAAUGAAAGUAAUGAGAGUAUACGCGUUUAUGGUGUUGGCUCUGUACACAAUCCUGUUCCUAUAUACGAUUGAGAUGAGAAUAAUUGACAGAAACAGAGUUCGUCUGCGGUUUAUUGAAGCAGCCCUCGAACUAUGUCUAUUGAUGAUGCGAACGGCAUUGAUAUUACUCAUGAUCAUACCUAGGAUUUUCACGAACCCGCACAGAUAUUAUCGGGUCUUUGAAUAUUUACGAUACCAAAGUUGGAUUGAGGAUUCCAGCAUACGAAAACAGAUUCUGUUCACUCAAAUUGUAGCCUUCGUCACCUGCAUACCACAAUUUAUUAUACAUAGGUAUUUCUUCGUGAACAGAGACUUCAGUUUCAUGAAUUACGUGGGCUUGUAUCUAAAUAUCAUCAUUGUUCUGAAUAUGUAUUUGGUGAUUUUGGGUCUUCAUCGGAGGAUUAAUGAGGUCAACGGGAAAUUGCAAGCCACUUUGGAGUACGCUAAUGAAUUUAGGAGUAUCAAAGAUGGAAGGGCUUUCAGGUUCGUCCGGGCCGCCGGCAAUUUUCAGGCUAUUCUUAGGCAGUUCACCGAAUUCUGCGACGUGAUUGAUCUCAGCAACACACUGUUCGGUUGGAAAUUGCUUUUGCUCGUGUGCAUUAUCAGUUUGUCCCUAAUAUUCAACAUCAACAACGUUUACAACUACUACGAAGAUAAAGAUAAGCCAAUCGCUUACAAAUGGCUUUACUUGUCCAUAAGUCUUUGGAACUUUUGUAUUUAUUGUUUACUAGGUAUCUCCUUAACGUACUCGUGCAACAGAGUAUACAAAGCGGGGCACGACGUCGGAAAGAAUUGCUACAAAAUCCUGCUGCGAUCUCCGGGGACGUCGCACGUUAUCGGGGGUGGCGAUAAUCCCGACGGAGAGCUUCUCCUAUUAAUUCAUUUAUCUACCAGCAGGAAACCCGCUUUGUAUUUAGCUGGAACCUUUCUGGUUGAUAAUUCCCUUCUGCUACGCAUUUUCACCAGUGUCAUUUACUACAUCAUUGUUAUCUUACAAUUUAAGGACUCUUAA